AUGGGAAUACAACAAGCAGGAAGCGUGUUAUCGUAAGGAAUUCUUGAUCAAGAUGGUACGCUUACUCUACUAUUGCAGUAGCUGUUCUUGAGAACAAAAUACUAAUUGUUCCAGUAGACCGGCUUCAUAUGAAAUCUUCGAAGAGUGAGGCUGGCAUUGUUCGAUGUAGAAGGUUGACGAGUUCAUCAAGUAAGCGAGAGAUUCGUUUUUAACCACGAUAAGAUAAACAGACAUUGACUGUCAUUGACUAAAAACUAAAGCAAGACCAACAGGAUACCUUGAACCAACAAGCUUGCUUCAUCUGCAUUUCAAUGCAAAGAUCCAUUCCUUUGGCACUGCCGUUUCUUGCAUAGCUAAGAGUCCUGGUAGUUUCCUUGUCAAACUGAAGGUCCUUCCAGGUAGAUAGUAGAGGCGAUGUUUUUAUGAAAACACAUCACUAGAUGAAAUAGAAUUUUCCUACUCCUCCACCCGAACCCGAUAUUAAAUAGCCGUCCUCAUUCACUCUUCAUACAACACUGACUCGAUUCUCGUCUACUUGUUAAGCACUUCGAGGAAUAAAUAGUUACUGCAAGAACUACAAUCAAAGGAGUCGUUAGUACUAGAAAAAAUGGCGAGCAAAAGGCUGAACAAGGAAUUGCGGGAUAUCAGCAAUGACCCGCCACCGAGGUGUGUAGCAGAACCAAUAGGGGAUGACCUUUUCCAGUGGAGGGCGUUUAUCGAGGGGCCACCAGAAAGUCCGUACGAAGGCGGAAACUUCGAACUUAGUCUCCAGUUCCCAAAUGACUACCCCUUCAAGCCCCCAAAAGUGCACUUUGUCACAAAAAUCUACCAUUGCAACAUCAACAGCAAUGGUACUAAAAUUACUUUGAUAAUUCUGUGGUUCUUUAACUCCUGCAUUUUGGUUUACUUUUUUAUUCUCACUAUGUAUUGCAACGAACUCAACAUCACUCUUUUUUCUUGAGAAUUUAUCAACGAAGGAACUGCAUUUUGAUUUUCGUUCUCAACAUGAAUUCGCACAACUCAUCAAUCUUUUGGUCCUCCUUCAUUCAUUCUCUGUGUAAAAAAUGUUCUUCAGGUUCAAUCUGCUUGGACAUUUUAAAGGACCAGUGGAGCCCUGCGUUGAAUGUAGGAAAGAUUCUGUUGUCGAUAUCGAGCUUGCUCCAUAGUUGCAAUCCCAAGGACCCGCUGGUCCCCGAGAUAGCGGAUCUGUUCGAAAAAAAUCCCGAGGAGCACGACCGAAUUGCAAAGGAGUGGGUCAAAAAGCAUGCCAUGCCACAGAGGUAGUACUUGCUCGACUCUAACUUUUUCUCUGCUAUUUUUUGGACUAGGUACCUACUAGAAAUUUUCAUUCAUAGAUAGAUUAUAUAUAAGAUUUCAAUUUUUUAAGAGAUGAAAAAUAGAGAUUAUUUGAAGAUUGAGGACGAGGUUCUAUUAAGCUACUUUGGCUUUGCUUGCCUCAUUGGGGGGUAACUACUCAGAAAAAUAGGGAUCCACUUAGAAUAGUUUUAUUUCAUUGAUCGUCGUCCAAUGAACUUACAGGUAA